AUGAGCAAGCAGGACGAAGCCAUAAGGCGCAAGAAGACGGCGUUUCGCUUCUCUGUGUCAGCAGACAGUGACCUCCUCAAGGAGGUUGUGAUGAUUGCCCCUUUCGAGGCAGCCUACGGUCAAACUGGUGCUCGAGGGGAAGAGAUUUGCGAGCACAUGCGAAAAACGAUUCGACGAUUUGCUUUCAGCGUUCAAGAAAGCCACUCUAAAGGCUUGCGUACAUCGGGAACGGAGGAGGAGUACCAAGAGCGGAACCAACUGCUACAAGAUAUCUCGGAUAUGAUGGAUUUGGCUCAACUGAAGAAGAAGACUGCAAUCUCAGUACAAGACAAGAGAAAAAGCGAUGGACAGUUGAUUCGAGAGGCAACAUUGAUGGCCAUGAAGCGCAAAAACGAGGAAGAAGGUGCUUCUUGGGCUUCGAGUUGGAGCCCAUCGAGCAAGGAGCCUGAGAACAAAAAGUUUCAGCGCGUUGGACAUUUAAAGGAUGCUGCUUCUGUUGUUUCAACCUUUACUGCCAUGAUGGAAGAGUCAUUUCGGAUCAAGGCUGAAGAGGUUGCCAUGAACAAAGAAGUGCUGGCACUUGAACAACGAAAGCUUGAGUUAGAACAAGCAAGGUGGCGCACGUCUGCAUCAUUCUUGCCUUCGUCCACGAUUCUGAAGGGGUGCCGUCCCAGCAGCAACGCCGUCAAGCAAGCGCUGAAACCAAGUGACGAAGUCAAGAGCUUGGAGUUAUCGCUGCCGUCAGCCAUCAUGACUGCUAUGAAACAGUGCCGACGCCCUUUGUGCUUCGGUUUGGCGCAGUCGCAAGAAGACGACUAUACCCUUCUCAAGCAGGUGGCAGCCGGUACUCCUUUCGCUGCUGAGAAAGGGCAGCUCAAGCGAGCUUGGCAAGGUCUUGCGGAUACCCUUAUGGCGUGCGAGAACUUCGGCCGUGUUGUCGAUGGGAAGAAUCUACAGAAUCGGUUCCUCGCCCUCGUUGACGAGCAUCGCAAGCAAGAGAAGGAGAAGCAUAUGCUUCUGGACGACAUCGUCACCUUAUACGAUGAUGUGAAGAUCGAGCUGCAAAAGACAGAGGAACAAAAGCGGUCCCAAGGUCAAGACGAAAAGGACAAAUCGUCCGCGAAAUGGCCAUGA